AUGUUUACAGAACAAGACAUGCUCGAUUAUCAAACCCUUACAUAUCUGUCUUCUGAGCAGAUACUGACUGUGCACAAGAAAUUCCAAUCGCUGGACCCGAGGUCGACUGAAGGUGAGAAAAAUCCAAUUUUACCAAUUGAGACUGUACUGCAGUGUCCUGAACUUCGAGUCAACCCGUUUAAGGAUCGCAUAGUGAAAGUGUUUUGCUCCAACCCCUCUUACAUGUCCUUCGAAGAGUUUCUGGACAUGAUGUCUGUAUUCAGUGAUAAAACGCCAAUGAACGUGAAAGCGCAGUUCGCUUUCAAAAUUUACGAUUUCGAUGACGACGAUAUGAUAUCCAGAGAGGAUGUCGCCGAGUUGAUUAAUCGAUUGAAGGGGGAUAACGAAAUGAAUGACGAAGAUAUGGAACAGAUAUUGGAGAACGUAAUGUCAGAAGCAGACAUUGAUGCAGAUGGUUUCGUUACGUAUCCGGAGUUCGAGCAUAUGAUUGCCAAAUGUCCUGAAUUUAUGCAUUCAUUUAGGAUUCGUAUGUAG